AUUGUUAGCGUUUUAGCUGUUUGAGGAGUUGGUGCUUUCUUCCUAAACAUUCUUCUUCUUGCCCUAAUUCAACUACUCAUAAAUUUCGAUGAGCCAAGCGUUAGAAUAGCCAAUGGCGUUCUCUUUCACUCCACAGGCACAACAGCCGUCGCCAUUCCAAACUCCCGGCCAGCAACAGCCGUCUCCAUUCCAAAUUGCCGGCCAGCAACAGUCGUCGCCUUUCCAAACUCCCGGCCAGCAACAGUCGUCCCCAUUCCAAACUCCCGGCCAGCAACAGUCGUCGCCAUUCCAAAUUCCCGGCCAGCAACAGUCGUCUCCAUUCCAAACUCCUGGUCAGCAACAGUCGUCGCCAUUCUCGCAGAUCACUCCCUUUUCGCAGCAGCCGCAACAACAACAGCAACUUCAAUUUCAGCAGCAGCAACAGCAACAACAACAACAACAACAACAACACCAACUGCAACUGCAAUUGCAACAACAACAACUGCAGCAGCAACAACAGUCACAGCAACAGCAGCAGCAGUUGUACCUUUUCACCAACGAUAAGACGCCAGCCACUUACAGUACCAAAUGGGCAGACCUCCACCCGGAUUCACAGAAGCUCCUGCUGCAAAUUGAGGAGAGAAUACUGGAAUACAGGGAUAAAAGUCAAAGGCUGGACCAGUGUAGCCGACUUUAUGAUUCAUCAGUGGCCAAUGAUGGCUUUGAGGUGGAUGCUAGUCGCAGCAUUCAGGAACUUGGUGGAGUUAGUACAUCAAUGGAAAGACAAAAGGCUAUCUUGCAAGAGCUAAUGGUUGUUGUUAAAGAUAUGCUGCACAAUACAGAGGUUGCGGUGCGUUCCUUUAUGAUGUUACGCCCAAGGUUUCUUCGUCAAAGUGCACCUGCUGCUGCAAGUGCUACUGCUCCAUCACAAGCAUCAGGUGCAACAGUCGCUCAAACAGCAUCCACUCAAGCACAUUCUACUCCCAAUGCACCAGUUUUUGAUUUUUACAGGGGGAUACCAAAGAAGCCCACUCCGUUUUUGCAGCAAACAGUCGCAAGAUUUGAGAAAUAUCUUUUAGAAUGCCGGCAAUGGGUUGAAGAAUUGGAGCAGUUGAUGCUCUUAGAUUCUGACAGGAAUUCCAUGAACUCCAGUUCAUCUUUGUUGCAGUCUCUUCCAAAAGUCAUGUCAAAUGUGCAUGACUUUUUUGUUCAUGUUGCAGCAAAGGUAGAGAGCAUUCAUCAGUACAUUGAAUCAAUGAAAACAGCAUACCUGGCUGAUCAGCGCCGUCGAGGGGAUGGGAGCGAUCCUUUUCUUGAGGCGGAUAGGCGGGAAACAGCUAAACUGGAGGCAGCUGCUAGAAGGGUACAUCCAACUUUGCACUUACCUGCAAUUUCACAACCAUCAACUCAGGUAGCAGGAUUGAUUUCCAGCUCAGCAGCACCUGGGGCAUCCAGUGCACCACAAACAUCAUCUGCAGUUCCUUCUGCCUUACCUGGAAGUGGAUCCUCACUUUUUGCUACCCCAUCCGUUGCUGCUUCAUCUUCUUCCCUGUUCACUACUCCAACAAUAUCAGCUCCAGUCUCCUCUUUGUUCGGAACAUCUGGUGCUUCCCCUCAAACUUCACUCUUUGGGUCCUUGUCUACUUCCAGCCCAGCCUCUAGUGCUCCAUUAUUUGGUUCUACCCCUGCUUCUGGAGUUUCGGGUUUUGCAACACCUUUUGGUUCAGGUGCUGCACUAGGAUCAGGGGCAAGCUUUGGGACUGUAUCUAAGUCUAGAGCAAAAAGUCGUACAGGCAGACGCUAGACAGUGUGUUGGCUAUUCAGACAUCUAGUUUCAGUCUGAGAAUCUUAAUGGAUGCAAAGUUUCUUGCUGCAGCAACACUUGUUACCUGUAACAGUAUCCUGGCAAGGUCAAGCAUAUUGUCAAAUCAUGAAAUGAUGCUGUGUAUCUACCUCCAGUUUCAUUGGCUUGUUUUACUAUUGUGGAUUGCUAUUUCUGCAGAGAUGUACUAUCAAUAGGGAUUUUGCAGCAAUGCUAUUUCCCUAUUUCUCCUGAUUUUGUGUAUCGAGCUUGAUUGUGGACGAUUUCAAUUGCCCUUUGUAGAAAUGAAACAGGUUAUAUUUGUUGUAGUCCGGAUCUAACUUCCAGCUAGCAUCAGUUCUUCAGAAAUAAGAUUGUGCAAGCAUAGUUAUUCGAGAUA